GACUCUUAACGGCAAGUGGGAGAGAAGAAGGAGUCAGGGCUCUGCCGGUCGGGGGCGCAGAGCGGGGAGAGAGCCCGAGCACCGGAAGCCGGGGAGGCCGUGGCGGCGGCGGCCGAUAGAGUGUGGGCCCCGCACGCCUGCGAGCGGAGGGAGCGACGGCCCGGAGUGGCGGGCUGGGGCUUUAUCGCACGAGCAGCCUAAGGACCCGCUGUGGCUUACUUUUUGAGGGGAUCGCUCUUUCUGCCGGCUGGAGGGCGGGAACUGCGAGGCGACAGUCCCUGGAAGGCCACAGCCAUAGAUGAGGGAGAGGUGCUGCUGGGGGCGGUGGGUAUAGGCGAGAAGUGGACGGGUCAGAGGGAUACCUAAGAGGUAGAAUCGUCAGGACUGUGGAUUAACUAUGGGGUAGGUGUUCGGGGAUGAUUCCAAGUUUCUGGCCUAAGUGAGGGAAUUUAUUUUGACCUUGGCCAGGGGUCCUUUUUUCCCUAGUGUUAAAACAUAAACAGCGAAGAGGUUUUUUUCUCUGCUGAUUAUAUGUAUUACUAUUUUGUGUGCUCACUGUAGAAAAUUCAGAACGGACAUCUUUUUUAAAUAGAAGGUAAAAAUUACCAAUAUUCCUACCACCCGAGAUGGCCAUAUUUUGGUGUGUUUCAUGUUUUUGUUUUCUGUGUGCAUCUUUUUUGUGAAAUUGGGAAUAUAUUCAUUAUUUUUUUCUGUAGCUUUUUCCUCCCAUUGGACAUUCCCAUGACAAUGAAGAUUGAACUGCGGUGUGCCAAGAUAUGAUCCACACAGUAUGUUUUUCCUAAUAAAAACUCAGAUGUCAUUCCACCGUCAGAACUUUUUGGUUUAUUUUCCUUUCAGUAUUUUUUAUGCACUUUUUUGAGAAGUCCACUAUUUAUGCUACAUUUUAGGUUUUGUUUUUCAAUCAUAUGUUUUUAAUCAAUGUUAUUUAUUGCUGUUUUCACACAUCCUUAACUGCUUUUCGGGACUAUAGUUUUUAAUGGUUGUUUAGUCGCAACAAAUUCUGUUAUUAGCUAAUUUUUCAACUUUUUGCUAUUAGGAUGAUGAGAGGGACAUCUAGUUUACAUAAAUUUUCAGGUUUUUGGUUUAUUCUUUGAAAAGAGUCGUAGAAAUGGAACCGACCAAGUAAAAGGAUAAAAUGAAUUUAUCAAAUUGCCUCAUCCAAAUAUCUCACUAAGACUUUGAUUGACAUUGUUUUAAAGGUCAUAUUUUUGCAAUACUUUAUCAAUUCAAAGAUAUGGUUGUCUUUCUGGUUAGUCAAGUUCUUGUCUUUUAUGUUUCUUUUAUGUCUUUGUCCUUUCCUUAUUAAACUUAUGUGUAAGAAAGGGCCAGUAAUUGAUCUUUUUUUCUUUUUCUUUGUUUAGUGAUUGUACCCUCUCUGUUCAGAUGUCAUAUAUGAAAUGAGUAUCUUUGAGUCAGGUGUCAAACUUUCUUCAAUAAAAUUUUCUUAAUAUUUGUGUCUAGGUUCUGCUAAAAUUACAUAUAAUGGUAAGCCCAGGAAGCUAAAAAGGCUAAGUUGGCAUGAGGUUUUACUAAUAGCAUCAGCAACCUCUUGUCUAACAAAUUCCUGACAUUCUGCUCCUACCUGGCUAUUAGAGAAGCUUCCCCUCAGCCAUGCAUCAGAUCUUGUCUGUACAACAAGGAAACCAGGCAAUAACCUUGAUCCUUUCUGAAGAAUGGUAAAGGAAGCUAGAAACAACUCAGCGUGGGUGGGAAGACAUUCAUGAGGAUGCCAAAUGUGCUUUUGGGGUGGAUUCUUCUAGUUUAACAGUUCUGCCAUCUUAUUAAAGUUAUUUUAAUUUAUUUGUUAGCAAGGCUUUUUUUAGUGAAUUAUAACAUUAACUUUUAAACAAAGUCUUUUGGUCUUUUUGGUUUUAUGCAAAUAGACUCCUGCUUGUCUAUGAAAUGCAGUUAACACAUCAGCUGGACCUAUUUCCCGAAUGCAGGAUUGUCGAUCCAUUUCAGAUACUUGUGGCAGCAAACAAAGCAGUUCAUCUCUACAAACUGGGAAAAAUGAAGACAAGAACUCUACCAACUGAAAUUAUUUUCAACCUUUCCCCAAAUAACAAUAUUUCAGAAGCUUUGAAAAAAUUUGGUAUCUCAGCAAAUGACACUUCAAUUCUAAUUGUUUAUAUUGAAGAGGGAGAAAAACAAAUAAAUCAAGAAGACCUAGUAUCUCAGGUUGAAGGUCAUCAGAUUUCUCUGAAAAACCUUCCCGACAUAACAAAUAUUACAGAAGUCAAAAAGAUAUAUAAACUGUCUUCACAAGAAGAAAGUAUUGGAACAUUAUUGGAUGGUAUCAUUUGUAGAAUGUCAACAAAAGAUGUUUUGUGAAGUGACAAAUAUUAAAAAUUUUCAGCAUUUAUUAAAAAAACAUGGAUUUUUCUGUCUUAUAUAUGUUCAGUUGUAGAAAACACAGAAUGUUACAACAAAGAAAAAAAGCCACUACUGUCUUCUCUUUUAAUAUUUUAAAAGAUAGCCACUGUUGCUAUUAUGUGUUCUUGUCUUCUAGUCUGUUUCUAUUCAAAUAUAUUUCAUCUUUAUGUAAUUGGAAUAA